UCAAUGGCAUAUUGGCAAAACAAUACAAAUUGCAUGUUUACUAAAUUAAGUAAUAUUAGUUAAGCUUUUAAAUGUGCAAUUUGCAAUACGAAAAAGAUACUGACUGUUGUUUACAUGCUGUAUUGUCAGGUCCAUUCCAGGUCAUUGGUAUAUAAAAUUGUUUUAUAAUAUAGCUUUUUAUAAAAUAAAAGCAUAGCAAAAUGAGUCUCCAAGAUCGCUUGAAACCAAUAAUAAAAAUAUUGAAAAUAGUUUCGCUAUGUGGUGGUAGUGUUAUAAUUCUUACAUAUCAUUAUCGGGAAAUAAAUAAAAGUAUACAGAAAAUCGUCAACACGAAUGUUUUUGACGUCGAAAAGAAAUUCACAUCGGAGUACAUUUAUAUAGACGAUCCCACUUAUGAUGCUACUAUGAAAGUGGAACACGGAUUGGGGUUGUCUAAUUCUGUAGCUCUCAGUCGCGCGUGGAAAAGCUUAAAACAUUCACUUGCUUGGAAGUUGUUGUGGGUGUGCCGCAAUGGAAGUAAGGAACAACGGAACACAGCUAUAGAACAAUUGGGAGCUUUUAAACACAAUAAAAGUUGGGAUUGCCUCCGAAUUGCCCAAGCCUUAGACAAGAAUACAGCAGUCCUUCUAGCGCAUACACGCGGUGUUGAUCUACGCUACUUUCUACCGCCACCUAUACAUGUCAGAAAAGCAGCUGCAACAUCAGAACUGCUAUCAUAUACAUUUAAAGAUAUGAUCUACAAUCUACAAAUUAUAAAUCCCCAUAGCUGCAUACAGCAUUUUCUAUCGAAAUACUUUGUUAAUUUGCAAGAACAAAUUGGAGAAGUUGAUAGCUCCCCUCCAAAACCUGACAGUCUUAGUGAGAAAGAGCUAUGUAUAUUAUGUCUGGAUGCUCUACAUCACCAUAUUUUUCUGUUUAACCAGAAAUCAUAUGAAAAGGAUAUAUCAAUUAAAACAUUAAUUAAGUUAGGCUUAAUGCCAAAAUUAUCAGAGUUAAUGCUGAGAUAUAAAGAUGACUCUGAAAUUGACUUUGCAGUAUUAAAGAUUCUAACAGUUUUAAGUGUGUACACUGAAUUAUUAAAUGACUUCUUUCAAAAUGGUUUUAUUGGAGAACUUGCUAGAUUAUUGAAGUCUAGUGAUGUGCGUUUAGCCAGUUGUUCUGCUGUCUGCUUGGCCAAUCUUUCUGGAGACUCGUGCUACAGGCCAGGACUAUUUUUGUUAUAUCCAAUAUAUCGGAAAAAAACUACACAUACAUGUGACACUCUUCUUGUUCAUGGGCUGAGAGGAGGAGUGUUUGUCACAUGGCGCCAGAGAGACAAAAAGUGUUCAGAACUUUCUGGAAUUAUAGAAGUGACAUCCUCAAAUGUAGAUUGUGAACCGUGCCAGGAAAACACAGGCAAUGAUGACAAAAAUAGAUUUAUAGAUCCAGAACUUCAAAUGGUGAUAGAACAAUACAAAGAGUUGGAAGAUGAAGCGCUCUUGUCAAAUUUUGAAGUUGUUUUGAAUGAUAUUCCCAUUGGUACAAAAAGAAACGCUGAAGAUGACACACUAGUGGCUGAAAAAAAGAAGUUAGCUUUAUUAGAAGAAGAGGAAGAUAAAUGCAAUCAUACACAUUGUUGGCCUAAAGAUUGGUUGCCGAAAGAUUGCAGUAACUUAAGAAUACUGGGUUUUAAUUAUUGGAGUAAGUUAUCAGAUUGGUUGGAAGGGUGUCCGUUGCGAAAUGCAGACAUUGUUGCCAGAGCCGAGGAACUUGCUUCUGCAUUGAUUGAUGCUGAAGUUGGAACAAAAAACGUUGUUUGGCUUGCACACUCAAUGGGUGGUCUCAUUGUCAAACAAAUUUUAGUAGAUGCUGCCAAGAAAGAUGACAAAGCCUAUAAAAUGUUAUGUGACAAAACCAAGGCUAUAUUAUUUUAUAGUACACCACAUAGAGGUACUGCAUUGGCCACAAUGCCACGUGCUGCAGCGUCUAUAUUGUGGCCUUCGCAAGAUGUCAAACAAUUACAAGAGAACUCUCCAGAACUACUAGAACUGCACAGGCUAUUUCUAAAGUAUGCAGAUACAUUUAAUUGGGAAACUAUUAGCUAUGCAGAGACAUUGCCAACUCUGAUUACAGCAUUCAAAGUACCUGUGCAUAUGGUAGAGCCACAUUCUGCUGACUUGGGUCGAGGAGUGUUUUAUAAGCUCCCUCUAGACCAUUUAUCAAUAUGCAAGCCGGCCACAAGACAGUCGAUUCUAUAUACAACAGUGUUAGAUGUGUUACAACAAGCAACUACAUGUGAAGUAGAAUCAAAUCAUUCAGACUCUUAUAUUUAUAGGAUAUUCAAAGACAUUUGGUUAUUUGUUAGAAGAAUUGCACAACAACUAAAAAGUAACUGGAAUGAGUAAUAUGCUUUUAACUUAUCAAGCCUAGUUUAAGGCGUAAGAAUCAAUAACUAACUUCUAAACAGGAAUCUCAAUGCCACGUUCAACUUGUAUUUGUUUCCAAUUUUCUCAAAAUAUGAUACAAUUUGGAUGGGGUUUUGAUUAUUUAAUUGCAUAUUUUUCAUGGAAGGCAUAUUGCAUAUUUUUAUUUUAGUAAAUAAAAAUUUAUUCUUAUUUCUAGAUACAAAUUAUUAAGAUACUCUUUACUUGGUGGAUAAAAGAAGCUCAAUUGUAUUUUUAUAACUAUUAAUAGUUAAUUAGUUUACAAUCAAUGACCAAUUAAGUAUUUUAUUUUAGCUUGAAAGUUUAAAUAUUUAGGCUAACAUUUAAAGUAUUAUUAAUUAUUAUGUUAAAAAACCAAAUAACUGUAUGUAUUAACUGUUAUUUUGUUACUAAUAAUAAUUUAUAUCAUGUAUUGCUUUUAAAGAAAUACACCUAUAAAUAUUGCA